AUGGCAAUAGAUAAUGAAGAAUCAAUUUAUAUAUCGUCUAUAUCUUCAUCAAAACUGAAGAAAUAUCGUAAACGUGUAACGAAUGGUCGAGUACUCAUGUCUGGUGAAGUUGGACCUUUCCCAUUGACUGUUGAUCGACAUAGAUCUAUUUAUAUGGUUGAUAUGUACCAUGAUCGAGUGUUUCAGAUAGACGAAGGAAGAACAAAUAUCUCGAUUGUAAUCGGUGGAUCAGAACAUAAUGGUACACAUCAACUAUCAAAACCACACUCAAUUGCUGUUGAUGAAUCGGGUGCUCUCUAUAUCACUGAAGGGGGCAAUCAUCGAAUCACACGAUGGCUACCUGGAUCAACAGAUGGCAUUGUGAUUGUUGGUGAUCGUGGUUCAGGUUCCCAUUCCGAUCAACUUCACGGUCCUGCUGACUUAGGAUUUGACAGUGAAGGAAAUCUUUAUAUUGUUGAUAGUGUGAAUGGGAGAAUACAAAAUUUUCUUAUUGACAAUAGUUCUUGUCAAUAA